UGUGCGCGAGUCGAGGUGGGCGGAGUUAUCAAAACACAAUGAUUUUAUUGGAUGGCAAGAAGGACGAGGUUAACCAAGGAAAACUAAGCGAAAAAGGAAGCUACACUGCGUCACUCGGACGAGGAUGGCAUCCCCUGAGAUAUCAUCACUGUCAUGGGGACACAUGAAGGUCAAAGGCUGUGCUACUGCAUAUAAGGAUUGUAAAGUCUGGCCUGGAGGGAGUCGUGCCUGGGAUUGGAGAGAAACCGGUACUGAUCACCAUCCAGGAGUGCAGCCAGCAGACUUGGACGAGGUCUUGAGAAAAGGAGUGGAGAUUCUCAUUAUUGGACGUGGAAUGAGCGAAGCUUUACAGGUGCCUGUAAAUACACUAGACUAUAUAAAGAAGCAAGGAGUGAAUGUUAAAGUGUUUCAGACAGAGAAGGCGGUCAAGGAGUACAAUGAUUUGGCUUGCCAGGGUCACAAAGUCGGAGGGGUCUUUCAUUCAACAUGCUGAGGAGUUGAAAAGAAAAAAUGCUGCUUACAAACAUCUCCUGCAUGUGCAAAAAUCAAAAUUCAUUUCAAGGCAAGCAAAAUGCACAUUAGAUUUUUUUUAGUUUGUUAAUGUAUCUGAAAAAAUGUAAUUUCUCAAAGUGAUCUGUGUAUUUAAUGUCUCUGCAGAACAGCCACCUACACUGGCAGAGUAAAGUGAGGAUCUAAGGGACAUCUUUGAAUUUAACUUUACACAGUAAACAUGCAAUGUCAAGUUACAUUAUUUAACAUUCUAGAAUCGAACCCUUUCACUUUAAAGAUUGCUGGGCUCAUCAAACACAAGGGGCAAAAGGAUAUAAAAAAAAAAAAAAAAAAACGAACAAAAUGAAGUGUGCUGUGUAGUGAAAAACAUUCAU